AUGGAGAUAAGAGACCAAUUCCAGAACGUGCAUCUGAUUGCGUUCGGAGGCAUCUCCUUCAUCUACCAGGUCGGCCCUGGUAUUGCGGUCAAAGUCCCACACACCGACGAUUUCGCGAGACAGCAAUUUUGUAACGAACUUGAGAUCUAUAAAACUUUCUCCCGACAAGCAUCCUGCGCAUUUAUUGUGCAGUGUUUCUACUACACGGACGACGGGAUCUUCCUUGAGCAUAUGAGAGAUGGAUCUCUUGCCGACCGAAUUCAAGCCAAUCACACCUUCGAUCGCAAAAUCUGGGUGGUUACCCAUGUGGAUAGAUUGGAACCGCUGCAUCUACAACUCGCAUGGAUGAAUGAUGUUACCCAAGCCAUCGCUUUCCUUGAAUCCCUUAAUCUCGCUCAUGGUGAUCUCCGACCAGAGAAUAUUCUCCUUGACAGCAACAGAAUCAAGGUGACAGAUUUUGACAAUGCAGCGUCAUUUGGAACACCGUUCACGGUUUGCCAAGAGCCGUGGGGAAGGGAGCUGAGGGAGAGUGAGCCGGAAUAUGAUGUGCCUGGCUGUGCAGCCGGGCUCCUGGGACCUCGAACCGAGCAAUUCGCCCUUGGCUCUAUAUACUAUUACAUCAACUACGGCAUGGAAGUAUACGGGGAUAAAAGGCUCACGGACGCUCCGCAUGACCGUGGUCCAGCGCUCAGGGAUUUACUACAGGCCAUGCAGUUCCCAGUCUUGGAUUGUGAUCCAAUGGUCGACGAACUGAUUCGAAAGUGCUGGCACAACCAAUUUCCCACCAUUGCAAGCUUAGCCGUGGCUACAAAGGCAUUGCUCAACAAGAGAUGUAGCGGUGAAGAAAGCAAAGCCGUCAAAGAGGAAGUCAACGUCACGCUAGCGACAGAUAGAUGUGAGUCAAAUGCCGGCAAUCUAACGGGAAACGGCGCGUCUAAGGAAGCACUUUCUCGAGAAUUAGAGGAACAUGGACUGUUUGGCUUCCUUCGCUCGAAAAAUCCGUGCUGA